UGCAAUGCACUCUCCGAUCGCGUGUCAUGUCAUAAUGCGUAAUACACUCGCGCGUCUUUUCAUUUCAUGUUAAUACACUCUCAGUGAACAAGCCGUCUUUAACAUUAAGUCCGAAAACCAAGAAUUGUUUAAUCUCUUGGUUAUUUCUUUCUAAUGCAUGUGUUGUGAAUCUUUUUUUUCCUCUGUUGUAAAUCUGUGUUUAUCAAAACAUGUUAUCAAAACGUAUAAAAAAAAGUGGCCAGUUGUAUAGAGCUCGCGACCGGGUAGAACGAGUAAGACGCAUUAAUGGUGACCAAUACAAUCAACUACUGCAUACAACUACAGCUAGACCAUCUGAAGAUAAAUUUCAUAAAGUGUCCGUGCGUGUUGCUGAUCGAUCUGUUUACGACAAUACCCUUACAUAUGAUAAUGUGUCCGACGCUAUUUGUGAAAGUACUGGAAGUAAACAUGACAGCAAUAUUUCAGAAUCUAAUACUUCUUCGAAUAACAAUGAUGAUAUGUUCAGUGAUGUAGAAAGCAUGUCUGAUGAUGAAACAGGAUUGGAUAAACAUUCUGAUGACGAUGCAAUGUUGGAUGAGCCUGAUUUUGAUAAAAUGGACACGAGUGAUUGUUUGAAAUAUUGGGCAUUGAGCACCAAACAAACCCAUUAUUCAAUGAAUAUGCUGUUAAAAAUAUUGAGGAAAAAAAUGAACAUGUGUCUACCAAAGGAUGCUAGAACUUUCCUGAAAACAAAUAGAAAUGGACCAGAAAUAUCAAAAAUUGGAGAUGGUCUGUUUUGGUAUCGCGGUGUUAAAGAGGGCCUCACCAAGCAUUUGCGUUUUGUUAAGGUGCCAAGCACUCUUUCGCUGAACAUCUUUAUAGAUGGACUACCACUAAGUAAAAGCAGUCCAACGCAGUUCUGGCCUAUAUUGGCAAAUAUUUAUGAAAUGCCUCAACUAUCGCCAUUUACUAUAGCAAUUUAUGCCGGAAGAUCAAAGCCAAAUGAUCUGGAUAAAUAUCUGAAGCAAUUAGUGUCAGAAUUAAAUACCCUUAUUGAUGGAGGAACAAUUAUUAACCAGACAAAAAUAGCAAUUCGAGUGCGAGCCGUCAUAGCAGAUACUCCUGCUAGAUCGUUUAUCAAAGGUGUAGCGAAUUUUAAUUCUGCCGAUGGAUGUCUCAAAUGCACAUGCGAAGCAGAAUUUAAUGAGGAUGGUAGGUGCAUGGUUUAUAAAGGAGUUAACGCCCCUCCAAGAACUGAUAAAGGUUUUAGAGGUGAAGAAUAUGGAAACCAUCACAAAUGUAGGUCACCAUUCAUUGAUUUGAAAAAAUUUGACAUUGUUAAAGGCAUACCAGUAGCAGAUAUUCUUCACUUAAUACAUUAUGGUAUGAUGCGCCGUUUUGUUUUAGGAUGGAGGGAUGGAAAAUUAGGAUUGAAAACCAAGUGGUCAGCCCAACUUGCGGAAGAAAUAUCUUCUUUGCUAGUCAAAAUUCGACUUCCAGUAGAAAUACAUAGGUCAUUUCGAGGAGUUGAUAUGGCGCGUUUUUGGAAAGCAACGGAGUAUGGAAGUUUCCUCAAUUACGCCAGCAUUGUAAUUUUGAAAGAUCGAAUGUCUGAAAUGUAUUUCGAACAUUUCAAACUGUUUUUUUGUGCAAUUACAUUGAUGUCGUCAAAAGCAUACAUAAAUAAUUGGAAAAUGGCAGGAGAAAUGCUAAAUAGAUUUGUAAUCGAUUUCGAAGCUCUUUACGGGGAAAGAUAUUUAACAAGUAAUAUUCACAAUUUGCAACAUAUAUGCGAGGAGGUUUUGAAGUUUGGUCCGUUGUAUUCCUUUUCUACAUAUCCGUUUGAAAAUCAUCUUCAGAUAUUAAAAGCUUUAAUGAGGUCAGGUUACAAUGAAAUUCAACAAGUUUUCAAAAGGUUAUCAGAGUUAGAGGAGUUUCAUAUACCAACUUCGUUUGCUUCGAAAAAAGUGUCUAAGCCAAGCAUAUUUGUGCAGAAGAAUGGAAAGAUAGUUUUAAAAUUACUAGAUUACAUAUUACGUAACGAUGAAUGCAACUCAUGGUUUUUAACCAAAGAAAAUUGUAUUGCAAAAUUUUCAAAUGCAGCACAAGUUGGAAAUUCGAUUCAAGUAUGCGGAAGAAUGCUCAACAACAAGUCCGAUUUUUUCAGAUCACCAUUUCCAUCAAGUGUUUUAAAUAUUUACAAGGGAUUCUCAAAUGAUUUAUCGUUGAAUGAUAUCCAGUUGAGUGUGAGUGACAUAAAAUGCAAGCUUGUUGCAGUAAAUUUAGAUCCACUUUCGGAAACAGUUUUUAUUCCAUUAAUUCAUUCUCUUAGCAUUUCUUAACUUCAAAAACUCUCAUUCUUUGAAUAUAUCAUAAUUGAUUCUUUAAGUUCUUUGAAAAAUCACUGCCAGAAAUAAACAUAAGUUCGAUUAAGUGUAAGAGUUGUUUAGUAUGUUGCGUUAAUCAGUAUGGACGCAGUAUGCAGUAUAGAGGGAAUUCAAGCAAUAUUAACGGUUUUUUUUUUAAUUUUUUUCAGUCUGCCUCUUAUGGUUGGUAGGUUUACGCACUCCUUGAAUAUUCAAUCGUUGUUUUGCUUGCUUCAAUUUACGUUGAAAAAAUUUUGAUAGCAUAUUUUCGCUAACCUUAUGAAAUUUAGUGCUUCCAAUAGUCUGAAACAAAUUCAUCAAAUUUCUCAACAGUCUAAUUUCAAACUUAGUGCAACCUUUCCCUAUACCUGUCCAACUACAUUCUACCAAUAGUGUUUUUUUCGAAAAUUAAAUCAAGGGCUUCCAGCAUCCUAUUUUCCGCAUCCGUAUCUAUGAUUUUAGAUUUCAGCCAAUCCAACACCUGUUGAAAAUAAUCUGUUUCUCCUAAUCUUUCAUCGCACUGCAUUAGAUCUUUCUUAUUAGUUAGACGAUUGAAUUCAAAUUCUAAUAUAUUACUUCCGUUUACUUCCACAGCUUGGGCUGUUGUGUUAAGCAGCAUUUCAUUUUGGCGUUCUAUUAUGCUCAUCUUUUUCAAAAUUUUUUGUUGCCCUUUUUGAAGAUCUUCAUAUGCUUCUUUCUGGAACUUUACUAAUGCUUCGAAACAUGGACAAUGAGAACAUUUCGAAUUUUCUUCAGGAACAUUUUCAUUUUCUAGGUGAUCGUUUAAGUAUUCCUCAUGAAAAUUAGAUGUGUCGAGAUCGUAGUUUACAGUUUCCAUAGCAUCGUUUUCUAAAACGCGCUGUGCGAAUAUUUGCUCAUAAUUUCCAAUUGUUAUAUGCUGUGUUGUGCCUUGUUCCAUAUAAUCGGUUGAUGAUUCGUCAGACAUUUCAGCUAAAAUUUUCGUCCCAGUCUCGUAAGACGAAAUGUUUGAUCUUUUUACACAGCAUUCUUGUCUUGUCCAUCCACUUUCAGGAACACUGUUAGCAUUUCGCACCAGUUUGGAUGCCAAUUUUCCGGGAAUAUUGGGCCAUAACAAGUAAUAUUUUCCACUACUAGUUCCCUGCACCCAUCCAUCAGGCACAAGACAUAAUUCUCCAUAUCCCUUAGGGCCUAAGGUCUCCACAAUGGAAAAUCCCAUUGUUAUGAUCCUUUAAUAGUGAAAAAUGAACAAUUACUUUAAAACUAAAUUAUAUGUCUUACUUUAAAUAUUACCUUACACAGGACACUAGGUUAUCAGCUGACCAAGAGCAAAUUUAAGCACAAUACCUGCAGAAUUGCAAAAUACGCAGUGCUUGUGAUAUUCAGCCUCAUACAAUUGAAAAAUAAAAAACUUGCUCCUCUGA